AUGGACUACGACAAUGAUAAAAAGAGACUCCAUGAAGACAGUGAUAAUUCUGAAGUUAAGAAGCACAAACCUUUAGACGUGUUGAGCAAUGAUGGACCGUUGACACAGAAAGAUGUUGUUUACUUUAAGAAGGAAGCUAUUUGGAGGCAAAUGAGAAGUUAUAAGCAGAAAUGCACACUUUUGACGAAAGACUUAAACGAUAUUAAGCAGAAUUAUGAAUCUAAUGAACGAAAAAUUAACGUUUUAGAUUCGUGGUACGAACUGAUUAUCAAUUUAUUUGGUGAAAAGGCAGACCUGAAUGUUGAGUUGAAUGAGACGUUAUUGAUUAAAUUAACUAAUGUACCAAUAGGAGAUCUAGAUGCCUUGUUGGAGAAGAGAAGAAAACAGUUAUUGACUAUAUUGAGUCCAGUAAUUGAAAAUUCCAAGCUUUCAAACAUUGAUAAAAGCGAUGUUUUAGAAAAGGUUGAAUCUUUGAAUGCAGAAGUGGCCACACUAAAAUCGGAAAAUAAUACAUUAAGCAAAAUGAAGUCUCAAUUUGAGAGCAAAGUGGAAGAUUUACAAACGCAGUUGUUGACUUUAGUAAAAAAUAAUGAUAGAAAAAGUUCAAAAACUCUCCAAAGAAUUGACGAGAGCCUAACGAAUGGAUCAGAUGUUAAAGAAGAAACAACAGAGACUGUGAAAUCUGAGACAAAUAAUAACACAGCAGAUAAGGAUGGAAAUUCUGUGAAUAAUGAAGAAUUUGAGAGGAUAAGUUUAGAAAUAGAUGAGUUGAAAAGUGAUAAUAGGUUAUUAAAAGAACUGAUGAGUCAAAUCAAUGCAAACUAUAAUAAAGUGGUAGAGGAAAAUCUUCUGUUAUCCAAUAAGCUAGAGAAUUUAAAUGAAAAUGACUUGAUUAAUUCCGUUAUGUAUCAAGAAUUGGCGGCCCAUAAUAAACAAUUGAAUGAAAGCGUGAACAAUUUGCAGAAAAUCAAUGACACAACAGUAAAUAAGUUAAAUGAGUUAGAGAAUAAGCAAACCAAUGUGAAGCAUUUACUUGACAAGGAAUUGAGAGAGGAAAAUGAAAACUUAAAACAGCAAUUACAGAAGAGCGAAAACGAUUUGGUCAGGAUUCGAACAGCAAGAGAUGAGUUAUUAUCUAAACAGACAAUCUUGAAAGCUGAUCUUGAAAAUCAAACAACUAAUGAUGAAUUGAAUAAGUUAAAUAAAGUCUUGAAUGAAAGAAUUAAUAGCUUGGAAAAAGAAAGACAUGACACUAGUGAUAAUAAUAAAAUAGGCGAAUUGUCGAAGGAUGAAUUGAUCCAACGGGUGAACAUGUUAAAUAGUGAAAUUAAAGAAAUAGAACAAGCAUUCCAAGAAACAAGAGAAAAUUCAAUAUCCAAGUUAACAGGUAUUACAGACCAAGAAAAUUUAGUCAAAAAGUUAACGAUAGAGAAGACAAAGGCUGACCAGAAGUACUUUGCCUCUAUGAGGCUAAAGGACUCUUUAAGUUCCGAAAACAGAAUAUUAAAAGCACAGAUAAAUAAAUCACAAGAGUUAGUUAACAAACUUAAUGAUUUAGAAAAGAGCUAUUUGGAUAAAAUCGAGAUAUUGACCAAGUCAAAUAAUGAUUUUAAAAUCAUUAGGCAGUCAGCUCUUCAAGAGAACUCUAAACUUCAGGAAACAUUAAAGUCAAUCGAGGUUAGAAAAGCUAGCUUAGAAAAGGAAAUGUUAAGCAUUAAGGAGAAACACGGUGAUAAGGUCAAGGAAAAUAUAAGCCUUACUCAGGAACUAAAUGAAAAGAAUUUGGCGUUGGGAAAAUUUGAGCACAAACUAAAGUCAACUGAAAGCUUGUUGAAGAAGUACAAAACUAAUAAUACUUCAUCCAUAUUGCAAGAGGACGAAAGACAGCUAGAAGCACUUCGUUCGAUUGCAAAAUGCUCUGUGUGUUCUAAAAACUGGAAAGAUACUGCCAUAACGGUCUGUGGGCACGUUUUCUGUCUGGGUUGUACCCAAGAACGUUUAGCGGCUAGAUUAAGAAGAUGUCCAACGUGCAACAAGGGAUUUUCAGCUAACGAUUUGCUUUCUAUCCAUUUGUGA